AUGGAAAUCCAAACAUUGCAAGUUGCUUAUCACGAUGAAGCCAAUAUAUGAUCAUCAAUAGAAGGGAACCUUAAAAGCUUUCUCCCUCUAGCUAACAUCUCAUGUUUAGUAAAUCAAGUAGACCAGCCUUUGCCUCCACUUAAUCUCAAAUUCGUGCCAAGCAAAGAAAUAAUUUGGGAAACCAAUAUAGAAGAUUCAUUUCAAAAACCUUAUAGGCAUAUCCUGUAAAAUAGCCCAAUAUAGAGGCCAAAACUUCCCACUUGGUUCGACCUAAAUGGAUUGGUCGAACCAAGUGGAAGGAAGCUUAUUUGCCAUUUUUCCACUUGGUUCCACCAGCCCAUUUGCCGAGCCAAGUGGGAAGUUUUGGCUUCUAUCCCUAGCCCAUAUCGGGCUAUUUACAGGAUAUGCCUAUACCUCUGAAUUUGCAUUUUUGUAUGCGAUGAUAUCGAAUUAUUUAAAUCAGAAACAAAAUACAAGCUUGGGGAUUUAAUUAGCUUUGUAAUUUCAAAACAAUUGGAAUGGCUUGUAUUAUAUGUUCCUACUAUUGAAGAAAUACCGAAGAAGAAGCAUAGAAGCUAUAUGAAAAUCUAUGAUAAUAUCCAGAACUUUUUAUUUGCCACUUUUGGGGUUAGGCAAUGUGUCAAGUUGUAUAACUCAACAAAUAAGCAAUUUUUUUGGCAGGAGCAGCUGGAAGAUAAUACAUUACUUAAGAUUUAUAAGUUUAACGUCCUUUAGGGGGAUGCCAAAACCCAGAGCUUCCCGCUGCAUCUUCACCACAGGCCGCUGGGCCGACCUGCUUUGUUACACCAGGGCGUGACUCCACGCAGAGUUACCGAUAAGACGGCGCUUGAAGAUAACACAAUUUCUUAUUUUUCUGAGUUUCUUAUCUCUAUGAGCAAAAGUUUAGGGUGCUCUUUGAAUAGCCGAAUUAAAGGAUAUAUAGAAAAUUUAGAUCAGCCAUUAGACUUUACACAUCUGGUUCUGUCAAAAGAUGGGCUGGCUUUGAUUUAUGCAAUGAUUGGUAUGUUUUUGGAAUCUAAAGCCUGCUACGAUAAUAUUUUAGAAUUUUUAGAUAAUUUCACCAAAAAAUCCUUACCUCCUAUCUCUUCUGAAUCCAUCAAUAACAAUGAAAUUACUACAGAAGAUUUUCGAACCCAUAUCAAGCUGAGCACAGCUGACGAAUUAAUAAUCAGAAAAUAUAUUUUUGCUAACCAAAAAAGGCUGCUUAACAGAAGAGAAUAUUUUGUUCAGCUCGGAGAAAGUUGUGUAAGCUAUAUCAAUACUUUAAUACAAGUUUUCAGUCCUUUUGAAGAAGAAUACUUAAAAAAAUGUGGCGAGCUCUGGAUUUAUAAAAAUUCCUUUGCUAUUGCUGAGCAACUCUAUGAGAAUAUUCAAUGUAAUUAUAAUAUAGCACUUUCUGAUGAGGAUUAUACAAAAACAAGUUUAAAAGAAAACAUCGUGGAUUUGUUGCAGAUUUCAAAAAGUCGGCUGGAAAGGCUGGGGAUUGUAAUUUUUGGGAUCAAUGGGAUUAUUGUAAAAUUUAAAUAGCCUUCUCUAGAAGAUUUUAAAAGUUUUUUGUUCGAUUUAUCAUCCCAUGCGCUUGAAAAUCGAAAAAGCUCGGUUGAAAUAUUCCAAGACGACGAAGAAGAGGAAGAAUACCCAGGAAAAGUCUCAGAAAUCACAAGCAAAACAAAAUACCAAGAAAUUCUUUUAGAAAUGACUGGGAAGCUUUAUAAUUGUUCAACAGAAAAAAGGCUAUCAAAUUUUUAUAAGGUCGAGCAUGGGAUUUUACUUACAAAAAAGCACAGAUACGAAGAAGGAGCCAAAGUUUUAAGCUCAGCAAACCUAGAAGAAUGGACUGGCUUAGAAUAUAUUGCGCUUUCUCAUCUAUUUCAAUGUUACCUUAAGUCUUUUAAAUAUUCUGAAGGCUUAGAAACCGCUAUAAAAAUGUGUAAAAACUCAAAAUACCUGUCUGAAAGAGAGGUCACAAAAAUAUGAAAAUCAAUUGUCCAAAUCAGCCAGGUCUCCCCACAGAUUGUAAUUCAGUCUAUGUCAAUUUUUAAGGUAAAUUUAGUUGUGAACUCUCAUAGGCUGAAACAAGGAGAUUUCUUAAUAGCGACUUGCUCACUAUAUAAUUACUUGUCGUGUGACGUCAAUCCAAAUCAAAUUAUUGCAAUGUUCUCAUAUUCUGAUUUAUAAUAACCUUACUCCCCCCCAUCCUUGAUCGAACGACUCGCCAUCGUUCGAUCAAGGAUGGGGGUUAAAAAAAAAUUUUUUGGGAAAAAAAUUUUAUAUAUAAAAUAAAAAAUAUAUAUAGAUAUUUUUUUUUAUUUACUUUUAAAAAGAGGUUAAGGGUAUUUAAUAAUUAUUUUUAGAGCAAAAAAAAUUGAAUUAAUCUCAUAAAAUACCAAUUUUUUAAUAUUUUGAUUUAUUAGUUACCCCUUUAAACUGUAUAAAUUUUAAUUUGUUCCUUAUUAAAUUAAUUUUUUUUUUUUUUUAAAUUUUAAAGAUCUCUAUUUUAUUAGAUUAUUGAGUUUUUUAAGCCUAGAUUGAUGACUAAAUCACUUCGAAUAGUUGAUUUCGAAGCUUUCUGUCGUCUCAAAGUCCCUGAAAACAACUUCAUUAGGUACAUCUUCCCAAACUUUUGAUAACUAAUAUAUUUUUAUAUAUAUAAAAGUUGCAUGAUAUGAAAAUCGUUCGAUCAAGGAUGGGGGUUUAAUUUCCCCAAUUUUUAGGAAUUUUUACAGUCAAUCGUUCGAUCAAGGAUUGGGGGGGAGUUAAUUAUUACAUUUUUUUUUUAAAAAUAAGGAAAAAAAUAAAGCAAAACUGAAUACAACGAAAACCACCAAGAAAUGUAUUUAAAAGCUGAACAAGGAACAUUGUAUCCAGGCCAAAACUCAUUUAAUUUGACAGGAGUAGUAUGGUUUCAUGGUAAACUUACAUCAUCUGUGCUGCUUAUUGACAUAAAUAACGCUCGAUUUGAGGUAAGCAUGAACAAUAUUAUAGUCCAAGUCGAAGAAAAUACCAGAAGUGUGACUUUAAUACACAAAGUGCCUUCCUUAUUAGUAUAUGACCAAGAACAGCUUCUUGCUGUGGAAAUAUCGACAAGACAAGAAUCAAUCCAAGAUGGGGUACUAGAUUUGCAAGACUCCAAGGUAAUUUAUAAGCAGAUUUUAUGCUCCACCAACUGUGCUGAUUGUAUUAGCUACUCAUCAGAUGGGAAAACGUCGUUUAAGCUUCCUAUGAAAAAUUGCAAAAUUGAACUGAGAGAACUGCCACCUCAGUCUAGGACAUUUAUAAUAUUAGAAAUUAUUGCGUGAAGGCCGAGAGAAACUUCGACAAGCCCAAAAUCGAGGUCUUCGAGACUUUCAAUAGGAAGCUUGGGGAAAUCUAUUAAUGGGUCUAUUAAAAGCUCAGUUUUGAGCCGUCUAAAUACGUGCUCUGAAACCCAUAAUUUUACAGCGAUUUUAAGAUACAGUAAAAAUGGGCAGAUGAGGGAAGAAAUUUCUCAUUCAGAACUUUCUUAUGUGGAGCCUGUCAGAGUGACAAAAAAUUUUUAUAAGAGAGAAGGAAAAUGUUUUCUUCAGCUGAUAUAGUCCUUUUGAAAGAAUUGCCUAGUAGGAAAUUCAAGCUAUUUUCUUUAUAAUAGCUAUCCUUAAUUUUAUUAUUUUCCUUUUUAUCAUUGUGAUAAAUUUUAUUAAUGAUAUUUAAUUGAUGACUUCCAGAUAUAUUUCAUCUUCUGGAACUAUUUUUCUAAUAAAGAAAUCUAACUCCCCCCCCCCCCCUCCGUGAGCGAACAAAACCAUUAGAAAAAUCGCCAUUUUUUGACCCAAAAACCCACCCUCCGUGAGUGAACAAAAAUUUUUUUAAUAGAAAAAAUUUUAAUGGAAAAAAAUUUUGAUAUAUAAGUGAUAAUUAGUAUAAUGAAAUCUAGAGCUAAUUCUGUUUAAUUUUAAACAAAUUGCGUUUUAAAACAUAAAUUUUGCAAAUUAAAUUAAUAUUUGCUUCCCAAUUUUUGCAAAUUAGGAUUUUUUUAAAUUUCGAAAAAAAUAUUUUUUAUAAAAUUUAUAUAUAAAAUUUUUGUUUUAAAAAAAAAAUUAACCCCCCUCCGUGAGCGAACAAAAUUUUUUUGUUCGCUCACGGAGGGGGGGGGGGAGUAAGGAAAACAGUAUAAUAUUAAACUGUGCAAGAAUCAGCUUACUCCCCAUUUAUGAUUUUUAUAUACAUAUAAUAGCUUAAAAAGUGUAUUAAUCAAUAGCAAUUAUUUGCCUUAUUUAUAUAUAAUUUUUUUUCCAAACUUUUUACCCUAUCUAAGAUUAGGUUGAGUUAGAAAUAUUGCAAUGAGAGUUUUCAGGGUGUAGGAUUGAAUAUGACCCGAACCCACAAAACCAAAGAUUGCGGACAGCCCAGCAGCUACAUAUGAUAUUCAUCAUAACUGACAUUGAGAAGCCUGUUGUGUACAUUCAAUACUGUGCAGUUAGGAAAAAUGACUCGAGAAUGCACGUGGAUCCCAUUAUUGAUAACAAAAUGAGGUACCAAACUUUUACUAUGAAAAAAGAGCUGCUGCCUGAAGAAGUAGCAAUCAUAAGAUGCAGUGAACCUGUAUUUUAUGGAAAGCCAUGCUUAAUUUACAUUACGAUUUUUACUAACAAAACAGUGAAGGUAAGGAUUGAAUGCUCCAAAUACUGAGAAUUCCCUCCAGAAUGCAACGGAACUUUUGAAGGACCUAUCGAAGAUGAACUGGCUAUGGAAAUAAUCCCUCGUCAAGCAGGAACUGUAGAACUGCCAGAAAUCGUUGUAUGAGUAAACGGAAAACAAGUGAGGGUGGAAGGAAUUUUCAAAGUUUUUAUAUUCCCAGGAUCAUUUAUAGCAGCUGAAAAAAAUGUUUAG